CCUCAGUCGCAACUCCCUUCCGGUCCCAAUUGCCGAAGCUCGCCCGAGCUCUCUCUCAUCGCUCACCUCAUUCUCAUUCACAACUCACCUUCACCUCUUGUGCCUUAUUCUCCCGGUCCCUUCUCAAGUCAGAUAGCCUCCAAAGAACCCAAGAUGCCUCCCAAGUUGCCGCCCUUGCGCUUCGUGCGUUCAGUUCUCAACUCGUUCGCCAAAGACUCUGGUCUGGAGCCGAGAUUACUCGGUAACAAUUUCCGGGUCACCGGCGCUUCGGUGGGCAAGGUUGACUUUGAGCUGGCCAUCCAGAAGGAGCACACAAACCGUCUCUCUACAAUUCACGGCGGCACCCUUGCCAGUCUCGUUGACCUCGGUGGCUCGCUCGCCGUGGCCUCCAAGGGCCGCUUCAUGACCGGCGUGUCAACUGACAUUAAUGUCACAUACCUAAACCCGGGAGGGAAACCGGGCGACAUCAUGACGGGCACUGCCAUCUGUGACAAGAUGGGAAGAACCCUGGCGUACACGACAGUCACCUUCUUCAAUAAGAAGGGAGAGCUAGCAGCGCGAGGCAGCCACACCAAGUACAUCGCAAAGACGUGGGAAACGGAGGACUUUGUCGCGCCGGACGAGUACGUUGCCGAGGAGGAGAAGUAGACUAGGACGUCGGAAUGCUCCACAGUGGGACGAGUGAAACAGUUGUAGGAAAGUCAGGGCCUAGAAUAGAUAUUUAGGGGGCACAUG